CUUAGUGAAAUGAAAUGAGACCCGAAGACUUGGUAAAUGAUUAUGAUGAUUAAAUGAUUAUACUGUAAGAUCUACAUUUUUCAUGUAAGAUCUUACUAGGGAUAACUUCAAAAUCAUUGGAUAAUCUAUACGGGAUAGUAUUUGAAAUUAUCAUUUCAACAGUCAAUGCAGUGAGUUGUCUAAGAUCUAAUCAAUCCCCUCAGCAGAAGGCUAGAGGUAUUUCUGCCAGUUUUGUGUUGAUCGUUGAUUCAGAACGGAACGGAAAUUUCCUUCCUCUGCAGUGUCAUAACGUCAUCACCAUUUAUCUCGAUCCAUCAACAUCACCAUCACCAUCACCAUCACCAUCACCAUCACAAUCACCAUCGCCAUCAUCAUUGCUAUCAUUAGUGUAUCACCUGUCAGGAAUCGUACGACAAAUACAGCACUUUGGACCAUCCCAUCGCUGAGAAAUCCCAGACGUUAAUCGACGUCGGUUCUAUUGAUGGAUCUUUUUGGCGGGCCAAAGUAAGCAUCAAAUCUCCGUGCAAGCAGUUCUACAGCAUUUUACUAAUGCUUUAUCUAUCAAGGCCCUGGUCGGCUCUCGAUUGGACCUCAAGUGAUGAUAGAGUUAGAGGGGGAGCUUCACAAUCUUAUCUCCAAUGCUCAACUUCCUCCUCUGUAGCUACAUUCACUGGUACUCUCGACAUCAAGACUCUCGGAGGUGCAGGUUUCGCUUCCCAAAGAACGACUGCAGACCAUACUGUAAGUUUGUAGAAUGAGGCAUGAUUCUAUUCCUAUGUCCCUAUGUUCCGAGUUCCAAUCAAGAGUUUGAUCCUAUUCACCAAAGGGGCUGGUUGCAUUCUGUUUAACCAGCCACCUCGCAUUCUCAUACAUUUAUCGUUACAUUCGUUAAGUUAUAGUUGGGAAAUUUUACUCGAUCUUUUCAAUACCUUUCUAAUGCAAUUUCUGAAUGCGAAAAUGCGGUUAGAACAUUGAGCGCACGUGUUCGAGGCAACCCGGGACCUCUAUAUACCAAUCUAGAAUGCUACACUAGUAUAUGACUUUCAAUUUUUUCUGAUGAUUACGGAAUUCUGUUCUGCAUACGGUUAAGUACAAAGUUGUAUUACUAUGUCAGACACAGAUCGGUGUCUCAUAGCGACCGGAAAAUACCACUUGUUUAUAGAGUUGAAUGGAUACUGAAGCGCUUCAACUGACGCAGAAGAAAGCAAGCGCUUAUUCAUCUCUCCAGUAACAGUAAAUAUACGCAUUAAGUAAUUCGCAGCGAGACAAGUCUGCGGAAAGUCUAUCAAUUGACCAUGGACUUUAAGCUGACAACCCAAUCUGCAGUGGGACCUUACGGCCUUUGAUGGAAUCUUACUCGAUCUUGGAAAAAGUGAUCAAAAACAAUACACCUUCAUCAUCAAAGAUGAAUUGCUUCCAAAAAGUCCCAAUGGCAGAGAACAAAGUACUAUUAGUUGGGAGUUUGACUUCAAGGGCCCUGUAGAUCAUUCACUCCUUUUUGUGAACUGGGCAGAUUUAAAGCCCACUUAUAGGGGGCGGGAAAUGAAAGAUGCCACUCCUCUGGAUCUAAAGAAUAUCAAAAGAUUUAGCAUCAUGAUGCGAAGGUAUUUCCAUCAGUCCAUCAAAUGUCACAUUUACUAACACAAAUAAGCUUCUUCGGCAGCCAAGAAGGGGGCUUUUCCCUGGACAUCAUAUCAAUAUCCGCCACAAAAGACAAGGAGAGUAUCAAUAUGCCAUAUCGAGAUGAUCCCAACGAAAAAGGUCACACGAACCUAAGUUCGGGAAUGGAUGAAGCAAUUCCUACAAAGCGGCAGAGCUGGCUGGCCUGGUUUUUUGGGUCAUGCAAUGUAUCAUAAAAAUUGACGGAUCGGUAAAUACAUCACUGACCUUCACUGUGUCCUCGGCGGCAAUCUCAUGGCGCCACCAUAUACCCACCCCCGCUUCGAUCCUUGCUCGCACGAGGUUCUGCUGACAUAUUGGUGACUGGUCAAUGAAUACUAAAUAUCACCCGAACUUAAGUGCUUACCCUGUCCGAUCUCUUCAUGCAUUUGGGAGGAUGAUCCACUAUUUUUAGAGAGAGCCCGUUGAAGAUCUUGAACCGGAAGGAUAAUGGAGUAUCCUAAUUCGCAUUCACGGUUGUCACAAAUAAAUGCGGUUGACUGUCAAUGAUUGAGACAUUAGUUACCUCGGACCGAAUUUCGUUGUAACUAGCCAUGUUUACACAAGUACAAGGGGCCUCAUUCCUUCCGGGUGUACAGUACAACCCUAAAUAAGGCUUCUUCGAAGAAGGAUUCAUUCCGCAAAUUGGAUCCCAGACCGUCACAUGUGUCUCUAUCGAUUGCCAAGAUAACAACGUUUGUUAACCCCUUGAUCGCAUUUGCUAGGUAGCUACAUAUGUAUUAUGGAUGCUUCAAUCAACGACGUAACUACCAUGCUGCAGUGUAGUAUUCGUAUACACACCACACCUAUUAUCAAUAAGCACUACAUAAAGUUCCCCGAAUGAACACCAGUUUUUUCCUAUGUUCUUCAUUCUA